AUGUGCGUACCUACGGUUCAGCAGCAGCAGCAGCAGCAGCAGCAGCAGCAGCAGCAGCAGCAGCAGCAGCAGCAGCAGCAGCAGCAGCAGCAGCAGCAGCAGCAGCAGCACCACCACCAGCAAGCUUGUGCAGGCGAAAUUACGAGUCAGCUUGUUUAUUCAGGGAUGCCUCCUCCUCCUCCUGGAGGGAAUGAUGAGUACCCCAUCUCCUACUGGAGAUGA